CUCCUUCAGUCGAUCCUAUAACUUUAGCAUGUCCUGUAGCAAAGUUAGCUGUUCUUAAUCCCUUUUGUUAUGCCCCUGCAGCCGAAAUUGAUGGCUUCAGGGAGUACAGUGGUCUUCCCUCCAACUGGGAAUUGGUUGCUCCUACAAUUAGCGAUGACUUCAAACAUCCUCCCCGCGACUGUUUUACAUUUUUCAUCGAUCAAAUAAUGUCUGGAUUUCUCUUCCCGAUCCAACAUGAAAUGUUUUCUCUGAGCAAUCUGUAUGAUGGUACUCGUACUGUUGACGAGUAUGAGAGGGAGUUCACUAGACUUGCAGCUGUCGUUCCUGAUUUGGUUCGCACAGAGGCCCAGAGAGCACAGCGUUUCAUUGACGGGCUUUACCCAGCAGUCCGUCAUAACAUCGUAGGCCACGGGACACAGACGUAUGCUCGUGCAGUUUCGAUUGCUCAGGAGGUGGACGCCAGCAUCAGGAGGGAGGCCAUUCGUGAUCAUUCUCAGCCAUCCGCCCCUGCUCAGUCAUCUUCAGUUCCACCGAUGCCAGCUCUACCAGCUGCCCAGCCACCGAAGAACAACAAGAGGAAGGGGAAAGGUGCCCCAAUGGACAAGAGGACCCGGCGGAGGCUACAGCAGAUCCCACA